CGUCGGCAUAUUGGCUUACUCUUGGGCCCCACAUAAGGGACAAUCCGAUUGUUGGCUCGACCUGGUCUGCAAAUUUAGCAAUUCAAAAGAAAAAGAGAAAUAUGGAAGCGCGUCCUAUGUGUCGAGUUUUAAUUGGGGUGGUCUAAGAAUGACGUGGUGUGCCACGUACUGCUAACAAACUUCUCGUGGAGCCCACAUGUCAGCUUCACAGUGGCGGCAGGGUUACGGUGAGGAAUUUUUGCUCCAGUGGAGCAGAAGCCGAGGAGGGGCUGCAGCGUGAGGUGCCUAUUUGGUGGAGGUCUGAUAGAAAAUGACGCGCUACCCUUCAGUUCAAGGGGAGGAGACUCGUCAAAUGGUAAGCUUACCUCUUUUCGUUCCUGCGGUGUUGGCUCUUAAUCUAUUUAAAUAAUAUUUAAUUCUAAAUUUUUUUAAAAAAAAACUUGUAACGAAAUUGGUAAUAAAUGAAUAACUUGUGGACGGAUGUGAUAAACGAAAGCGGGGUGUAAACGCCGCCGGCCACAAGGAAGGUUGCAAAAAAGAUAAUAGGUAUGCUAUGCAUCUCAUUAUUUUAUUAAUAUAUGAAUGUAAUGGUGUAAGACGCAAGAGAUGUGUAGAUAGUAAUUUCUAAAGGGGCAAAAAAAAAAAAAACUGAAAGAUUAUUACUCUUCUGUGGCCUAAAAAAUAUCACUAAUAAUAAAUAUUAAAAAAUAAUAAAUAAAAAUAAAUAAUUUUUUUAAAACAAAAUAAUAAGUAGAUGCCAUUGCAAAUUUUGCAACUAGCCCCAGUUCGUUUUCCCCGACUCUUCUUCUCUUCCUAAACCAUUCCUAAUCUCUCUCUCUCUCUCGUACACCCGCCCAAGAUCAAACGUUAGACCCCUAAAACCCAAAAAGAGGAGAGGAGAGAAAAAAAAGAAAAAAAAAGAAAAAAAGGAGAAAGGAGAAAAGAGAGGUCGAUCGAUCGAUUGACCCGAUUCGUUUGGUAGAAAAAAUAGGGUUUGGGGAUGGAUCGGGGGAGGGAGAAGGAGAAGGGGAAGGGGAAGGGGUGCGAGCUGUGCCCGGGGACGGCGCGGAUGUACUGCGAGUCGGACGAGGCGAUGCUGUGCUGGGAAUGCGACGCGCGGGUGCACGGCGCCAAUUUCCUGGUGGCGCGCCACACGCGCGCCCUCCUCUGCCGCACGUGCCAGUCCCCCACCCCCUGGCGCGCCUCCGGCUCCCGCCUCGGCCCUUCCGUCUCCCUCUGCCACCGCUGCUCCCCCCACUCCCACUCCCAAUCCCCCGCCGAUGAUCUCCGCCGCGGAGGAGAAGCGGGGGGACGAUCCGAGUCCGAAGCGGAGGAGGGGGAGGAGGAGCAGGACGACGACGAAGACGAUGGGGACGGAGAGGACUCGGAGGAUUCGGCGGAGGAGGAGGAGGGGGACAACCAGGUGGUGCCGUGGUCGCCGCCGCCGCCGCCGACGACGACGACGACGAGCUCGUCGAGUAGCGAGGAGGAGGAGGAGGAGGCGGAGGAGUCGAGUAGGGCCGAGAUCGGGGCCGGGAGCGGCGGAGGAAGUGGAUCUUCGUUGAAAAGGAUGCGCGAUAAUGCCGAUCUCGUCUCCCACCCCCAGGAUGACCUUCCCUCUUCGUCGUUGCAGCUGAGCCGGUUCCAAUCAGCUCAGCCGCCGCCGCUCUCUGGUCGCGCCUCUGCUGCUGACGAUGACGACGACGAGGCCACAUCCGGCCGCGGCGGCGGCGGCGGCGGCGGCGGCGGCAGUAACAGUGCCGGCUUUCGGCUUCCCAAGGAUCGGAGGAGAUUACCGGGCCAUCUAGUCAGGUUGGAUCCGGCUCAACCGACCGGCUCAACCCGGAGAUCCCAGCCAACAACGGCCGGUGAGCCAUGCGGCCCGAGCCGAGCCACCAUCGCAACAAUUGACUUUGUUCAAGCAACCUAAGCAGACACCGAAACUACAGAAUGAUUAGUCCUAACUCAACAUUUGUCAUGGUGGAUGAGUCCAGUUAAUUGAUUCCGUGUGGGAGUUGUAUGUGCACAUAACAGCAUCGGAUGCAGAUCAAAAACUCCCUCUUGGGAUUGAUCUUUUUGUUUAAAUUGCUUGGAAACUAUUGCUUGGUAGGCAUUGCUUGUGAUUGUAUACCCAUCUUUGAUGGAAUGGAUUUUUCGGUUGAUCGCUGCGUUCUCCUUUUUCU